CGGAAGUAAUCAUGAGUAGGAGGAUCAAGUACGCCAAAUUAAGGCUAACUAAGCCGAGCGAUGGUCCGGCAAAAACCUGCUCACACGGCGUCGACGAGGGAGCUCCCGCACCAGCCGACGAGGGCGGGAAUAGCUUAAAAACCGAAAAAAGCUCAAAAUAUUUCUUACACGGGUUGGCCGAAACUUGUUCCAGCCAGGGGACGUUCGUUGAGGCGGAGGUCGGAGAAACAAGCGCAGAACUGGUGGAGUGCGAUAUUCAAAAUUCGCGCCGAAGAAGCACAGAUGUGUCCGAAUCAAACGCUGACGAUGGAGCAAAACUUCCCAAAUUGCGAAAGAAGGCCGCGGCCAAAGGGAACACGUUGAUAAGCAAUUUUCUAAACAGUCAACCUAUUGCGCAAGAUGACGAUUUUGAAGAAUCGCGACCGAUUGCCCCUCCGAUGAAAGCGAAAACAAAAGUUCAGCGUGCGAGCAAGAAAACUACGUCCAGCCGACGACCGAGGAAUCAAUCAGAUAUAAGAAAAGUGUUCAGUAAAUACAAAAAUGAUCACGAGGUGCUACAAGAAUUGCUGAAGGAGCAUAGUGAAUCGGACCGGAUUGAUCCGGAGCAGCUACAGCUAGCAAUAGCAAUGUCACGAUCCCUGGCGGAAUGUGACGGAACACGAAAUGCUAGCACUGAUAAUCUAUCUGAACAAUCUACUAGCGAUUCGCUUUCAUCAACCGAACGACGAAUAGUGGGCAUUCGGACCACUUUGGAACAGUUUGGGUUUCGGUGUAAAAAUAGCUAUACAGAUUAUGAUUUGAAUGUGAUUUUCGGUAGUGCCGUUUGUAAAAAUGUAAAGAAAAUCAAACAUAGGCGCGCAACUAAUCUAAUUCAGCGAUCCGCUAAGGAUUUGAUGGAGUACAUCGAAACACGAGUAAAGAAAAUAUUUCCGGCUGAAAUGCUGGCGAUAGAGAACCAUUCUGAGGCUUGCACUAGCCCUGGAUCGUGCUUAAGCCAUUUGUUUUGGAUUGCCCAGACGGAUCAAGCAAGUAUGAACAUUAUAGAGAAAUACUAUGUUCCAGAACUGUUAGAGAUGAAUCCAGCACCCGUCGGCUUCAUGCUGAAGGAUUGGAGUAAAAUUCCUGGGAGAGAACCAACCCCUGAGAGGGCCUGUUCAAACGAUUUUGAAUUAAAUGCUGCAGAUCGGAAAGUGGAACCGAACAGAGCGUCCUCUCCGGAUUUAUUCGAAGAUUGUGCUGAUGCUCAUGACAAUACAGCCACUGCUGAAACAGCAGACAAUAGUGAACCAUGUGAAAGAUUCUCCAUUGGCGAUAACCAUGCCAAGGCUGUUCCUCAGUUUUAUCCAAGCGUACAGAAUGAUCAACAAACUCAAAAUUUAAACAAAAGCCAUUACCUAGAAGAUCCAAGUGAAUGUCACCAAGUGAAUGAAACCAAUUACAGACAAAAUCAGACUCUAAAUUGCAGCAGUAGUGCGGAUCGACCGAUUUGCAGCCCCACGCAAUGCACUGCUCUCACUAUUGAUUAUGAUUCUAAUGAGGACGAUAAAUUUGUCACUGCAUCGGAAGAGCCUCAAUAUGCUGAAGGCACUUUUCAUCAUAGCACGGAUAACAUAUUCGAUGAUACAGAUCCAGAUCCUACCGUAGAUCCAGAUCCCAUUGUAAGCUUUGAGGUGUAUUCCAGCGAAGAAGAGAAGAUUUCUGCAGCUUCAAAAGUACCAGCUGAUAUGGCUUCUCAGAAUGAUUGUCCCGAUUUAGUAACCCAAUCGACAUCGCAAUCACAACAGGAUUUAAUUAACAUACCCAACAAUCCCAGUUACCAGCUACCGCAGAAUGGCGCAGGUUGUGAAAACAUAGAAAUAUCGAACAGUGCCUCGCCAGUUGCGAAAGAACCGUUGGUAGCUGAGAAGAAACUAUCCUUCCAUCGGAUUGCAAUCAAGGCUCGACUGAGUGAGGCUUUGGAAGGGAAGAAAGAUAUGAUUGAAACGGUAGAUCUAUUAGAAAUCGACGAUGCUGAAUACCAUUCCGAGUCGCAGUGCAGUAUGGUGCAACAAGAAAUGCAGGAUGAUGUUUUGGAAAUCUCCGAUGAUGAGGUGAAUUAUUCCCUGCGCAGAUUAUCAUGUGCAACCACGGACGAAAGACCGUUACAAGAAGUUGAACAACGUUUAGACGAAGAUCCAGAGUGUACAAUAAUAUACCAGCAUGAUUCACCGGUUAUAAACCACGAUCACGCGCUUACUAGCUCUUUAAAACCCCGUGAAAAUAUUCUCUCUCCUUCUACCAAUGAAUUGUUAGAUGAAUCAGAAAUUUUGCAAAAAGAAUCAAAUCGGUCUAUUACCGAAAACGUCGCCGAAGAUACUAUAGCAUAUUUGUAUAACUUGGUGAAACAGUUCAACCUACCCCCAUUAGGAAGGCAGAAAGAAGAAAUCAAUGAGGACUCUGCGGCGUUAAGUGAACAUCAUAAUGAAAUAAGUUGCUUGUCUAAAGACGCUACGGUAAACAGGAGCACCCAUUCAACGAACGAUCACAGUAGAACUGCUAAAGCAACAACUGGAAGGUUGUCAAAUUUUCUGCAACAUUACGAAGAACCGUUGUUUGAAGAGCACGAGAUCGAAGCAGAAACAUUGACAACACAAAGCAGCUUUCGUGAGGUACCAAGAAUUGCUAGUAAAAACAGUGUAAAAAGACUUAAAUCGUUUCAUCACUUUGAUUCGCCCAAGGAAGGUGGUCGAUUAAAACGAACAGCGUCUGAAUCUGGGGGUUUUUCGGCUUCAACACCGAAUGAAAGAGAACAGUUGGUAAAAAUGGAUCGCUUUAAGGAAAAAUUUGAGCACUUAAAGCUAUAUAGCAAUUCGUUUCGAAAGUCUGAAUUUGUUAUCAAUAUGGUUACUGAGGACCCUCCGAACUACGAUGCUAUGUCAGUAACUGAGAUUGAACGCGAGCUUUUUAAAUAUGGUCUAAAGUUAUUGGAUCCCGAGAAAGCCGUAAAGGUGCUCCGCCAUAUUUACAAUGAAAUCCAUCCAUUCGUGAGAGUGGUUGAGAGAAUAAAUGCAGUCAUCUGCCCAGAAGAUUUGGAUAGAAAUAACGAUCAACGUGAUCGACAAAAUAUUGUGGUACAUGCUAGUGCAAACAAUCAAGUAGGGUCGUUGCAUUCUAGAAUAUGUGCCUUUAAAUUGAACAUCGAUGAACCAAACAUCAUUUUGUCAUCUAAACCUCGAAAGAAGAUGAGUUGGUGUACGGUUCCUUUACAUGUAUCUUUUUUCAACAUGAUAUCAGAGAACCGAAUGUUACAGAGACAGAUUUUGCGAUACGAACCUGUGAACUUGGAUUACAUUCAUGCAACAUUGAAGGAGGCGGAUUUGCGCUACGAAAUAAAUGAUCUGAUUGCUUUUUUGGAUAAACAUUGUAUAACAUUUCGGAGCGCGGCUUCCAAUGGCGAUCGUUCGAAAGGAAGAGGAUCAAAGGUUGGAAGCAAAUAGUGAAACAGAUAUAGCUAAGGUGCGAGGUUCACUAUUGAAAUAUAAAAGAGCUGUUUUGUAACAUAUUUUCUAGCUAGCUUUCUGGCAGUUUUAUUGUAUAAAAAGAACAACAUGGCGCUGGUAAACAAGCAGCAUCCCCAAUUCUUUUUUAAUGAAUUAAAUAAUUUAAAUAAUUUAUAUUAUAAUUCCUAAUUUUGUGUAAAACCAAUUAUGAAGCCCUAUCAUGAAAUAACAUUACUGUGGAAUUGUCCUAUAACGUUACCGCGAGGGUAAUAAUUACACACAACAAAGCACAUAUCCUUUUCUUUGGCAAAUCCAACACCAAGACGAUGCGAAUCCUUCCAAACAACUUGCGUGUAGUGACCAAUUUUGGUAAGGUCGGUGCUUCCUAAUUUAAUUUCGUUGUACCACGAAUCCACUACUUUCUUUCCACAAAGACUCUUCUUGGAUUUGCAUUGGUAUAGAUUUUCCCCAUAGCUGUGGCCCGAUUGAUGCUCCAAAGGAUUGCGUUUUUUAUCAGCGCGAUAACGGUCUCGCAUUUUCUGUUGAAUUAUUGCCUUAUACAAUUCUGCACAUAAUCAUAAUAAAUUCUUUGAAACUUACAUUUGCCCAUUCCUGAGCAAAAUUGCACAGAUUAUCACAGAGAUCUAGCGGCGGGGCUGAAUGUUUCUUGCGAUGCACGUUGUGUUGGU